CAAUUCGUUGCUGAUCUCGUUUACACUUUGUUGGAUCACACAGCUGGGUUUGUUUGCUGGAAGAAAGCGUACGUGCUGGAUACCACCGCACAAAAACAUAGCAUGCAAGCAGAUUUGGUUUGAGUUUCAUUGUUUCUUAUAACAACGAAAGCAGCCAUGGGCAAGUCUACCGGGAAACCAAACAACGGGAACCUCUCGUCGGAGAUUGCCAUGGCGGCCAUUGCGCUCACCUGCGGUGGAAUCUGGGCUCUUCGCCGGCGCGAAAAACAUCUCCGGAGCCGAUGGAUCGAAGCGGAGGAACCAAAACGAAGCGACAGCGAAAAUGCGGGGCAAUCCCUGUACGAAUAUUCCGUGAUCGAACACUUUAAAUCGCUCGAGCUGGGCUCGCAGUCAACCAUCCUGGAAGCCAACCGGAGACGAACAACAAGUUAUUACGAAAAGGCGAGAGAGGCCCACGAACAAUCCCUGGUCUUGGGCAUUCCAAAUUAUUCCACCCUCUUGGAAAAACGCCGAAAGGAUCUAAAUCGUCUGAUGUUUUACCAUAACGAGGGGAAGAAAUCGCUUCGAACCGUCAUAGUCAUGCUGGACCAAUCCAGCCAGCGGGUCCUCUCGGAAGCGCGCCAAAAAAUAUUGCAGCCCCUUAAUUAUUCCUGGGAUAUUUACAGCAAGGGUGUGUGGAUUCCCGAAAUCAACAUCAUCCCCAAAGAGGAUAUGCACGUGUCGAUAGCCUGUCCAUGGUGGUGGCACACAAUCCGGGAGGGAAACGACGAGCUCAACAAAGACCUCUCGAACCGCCUGAAGCAGGCCCUAGUCAUUGACUUUCACCAUCCCUUCUUUUUGGAACUUGAGCGAAUCAUAUUGCUGGGCGGAAAGACUCUGGUGGCCCUGUGGAGAACCGUUGGGGAGCGGAUGGUCGUUGAGAAUGGGGCAUACACUGUCUGCGAUCGGCACGCGACAAGUAUUGAUCCAAUGAUUCGACUGCGGCGUGAGAUUGUCGACUGCUUUACAAACGAAGAGCACGAGUACAACUUCCACCCUCUGACGCACCAGCAUCGGGCGGAGUCUAUGAACAAACAGGGACAACAAGAGGGAACAAAGCUAGAGUCCAAUCCGAAUGGAACACAAGGAGGUGGAAUCGAACAAGCGAUAGACGACUCUGGAGCGCAACCGCCAAUUCCUGGGAAACCAGGAAAGAUGAAGCGGCGGCACACGAUCGAACUCAAGACACCCGGCCUCGGUAGUGGGGAUGGUUUCAUCCACACUACUCUGUGCCGUCUCCCGCUCGAUUGCCUCUCGACACAAGAUGUCGAAUUGGAACCCAUCCAUCGGUUGUGCCGAGAAGCGACCGCGACCUACAGCGGUCAUCGCAUGCUCGUCCACGAGUUUCGCUUUCUCGAAACCACGGGCGCCGGCGGAGAUUCGAAUCCUUGCACCAGCCCUUUGUUUGACGAAACCAUGGCAGCGCCUUCGAAGGUGGUCUACAAACAAUCAACUUUGGGCGCUCGCUGCACUUCCGACUCAUUUGAAGGUGCCUCUCGUGAAAACAGCGGAGAUGGAAGAUCGAAUGCCGAACGAAAUGCGCUUACCACUGGACACGCCCACAACCUAACAUUGCGACGAAACGCAGCUUCCGCGACAGCUCCCCAAACCGCAGUAGGAGGGAUAGAGGGAUUAUUUGAACCGCCCAAAUAGGUACAUACUCGCAUUUUUGAAGAAGAAGCAUUCUACGGGUUACAUAGUUGGGCAUAUGGCAGAUUGAGGAUAUAUGGAGGGUUUCCAGAUGAAUACAAUAUUAGAGAAGGUCACAAGGCUUCUCAGGUCAAGGCCAAGACACAAAGAAAAGAAUUGCACCCUACCAUGAUUUUUAUUCAGACAACAACUGUAAUCACUUGUGUUGAUACCAAGAUCCAAGUGAUGUCUGGACCUACUGAAACACUGAGGCUCUAACUUUGGAGGGACGGCAAUGAACAGAUUAUUCAUCUUGACAUCGACAAAAUGGUUAUCCCGAAUGGAAAAUUCGCAUAAACACGACUCACAAAUUGUAGCUGAAUGCCAAAAAAAUAUACAGAUUUAUUGUUU